GAAGUUUAGAUCAGUAGAGUGGAUCUUGGCUCAUCAAGUUAAAAACAAAGAGGGAAAGUGGGAAGUUGACCCGAAUGAUAAAGAAGCCGUAAAUAUUGCUAAGAUGGCUUUGGAGUACAUAGAAGAAGAGGGAAAAGGAAAUAUUUCAUUCACCCAGGGAGAAGAUGCCCUCACCAAGGCUAUGGGAAAAAAGGAUCACCGUGGGCGUGUCAAGGCAACAGGUGGAGUUAAUGUCGGUUACAAAGUUGCUUUCGGUCCAAUAGACCGAAGUAGUAGAUGUGGCCAUAUUGAACCAUCACCGGAGGCUAUCGAAUCAAUCAGAGCUUCGGUGAGAAGGGAGUUUGAAGAUCAAUUAGAGAGAAAGGUGGCGGAGGCCCUCCAAAACCAACUAGCCACAUUGAAAGCAACCGGUCAACUACACACCCUCUCUACCCCCGCACUUGAUUCUGCUCUUGUAAGUGAUGAGUUUGAUGUUAACCGUGCACUCGUAACCUGUUGUCCGAGUUCAUCGCAGCAACCACGCGAGCUGAAGGCCAUAACUCCAUGUCGUCUUGCCCUUGAGGAUAAAGUUUUGGGUAACAAAGUGAUAGUGGCAGAUGGUAUGGCGUACCCAUUGGAUGGUUCGUUGCACCAACACUUUAGAUCGAUGAAGCCUAGUCAUUAUAAGGUCCAAGUUGAUUGUAUUUACGACGGACAUGAUGAUGACACUCUUCCGGUACCUACUGGAGAUGGAUUCAAUAACUUAGGCAGGGCUCUUGCUAGUUUUGUGCAAUGGCCAAUUCACUUGGUGAUUUUCGAAGAAGACGAGGAGUACUCUACUCCACGCCCAACAAAGAAGUCCAGGAGUCAGAUUUUUGAAGAGGUGGUUGGUAGCUCCAAAGAGAAGAAAAACGAAUUAAUUGUCAAAGAGAAGACAACAGAAUUAGUUGUCAAAGAUAAGACAACAGAAUUAAUUGUCAAAGAGAAGGCAACACUUGAUUUAGGGUCCAAAGAGAAGACAACACUGAAGUUAACGGCCAAGGGAAAUUCAUGCUCAAAUAAGUUGGAGUCGAAAUCGAAGUCGAAGAACUCUAAGACGGCCAAAGAGAUGGUAGGUAGUUGUGAUCGUAAAACUGAAGAAUCAGCCGCCAAAAGUAAGAAGCAAAAUUUGGCAGACGACACAAUUCAAGGUCUUGGCCCAUCAUGCAAUUAUUUGAAGUUUAUCAUCAAUACGGCGCCCGGUGAUGUAUAUAAAAAUACUUCAAUCCCAUUGCCCGCUUCGGUUUGGCAUUAUGACGAAGAUCGACAAACUUAUGUAAAUGAGGUUGACGUUGAAGAGUUCCUUAGAGGGGCGUGCCUCAACAUUUCAGUGAUCCAAGUCUAUAUGAUGUGUUUAUUCCACGAACACACCUUUGCAUUUGACAACUCUCAGAUUGGGUGUGUUUGUCCCGAGGCAAUGUCAAGCUCUAGAAUCAAGGCCAACCCUCAGGCUGCAUCAAUGUAUUUGAAAGUAGUUUUCAAUGCUGAAAUUGAAAAGGAGAAGAAGGGUGAUCCUAACAUUACCAAGUGGUUUUUGAUCCCAUACCAUCAAGAAAAUCAUUGGAUUUUGUACGUGUUAGACCUACGUAGAGGUUGUGCGUAUAUUUUCGACUCUGCGAUAGGUUCCAACCGAGAAAAUAGUGCAUGGGGAAUCUUGUGUUUGGCAUACCAAGUGUACAAGUUUAAUGAUGGGAUUUGUCCGAAUAGAGCGACUAUGCAGGGGUUGAAAGGCUUCCAUGUAAAGUGUGCUCAACAAGUCGGCGCCCGCGAGUGUGGCUAUUACGUUAUGAAGUUCAUGCAUGAAAUAGUCACGUUACACCAUAACACUGAUGAGCGGUUAGACAAUGCUUACACUCCAAGAAAUGCGCCUUAUACCGAUGAGGAAAUAGAUGUGGUUCGUGAGCAAUGGGCUAAGUUUUUUACAACCGAGUAUUUAUUUACUUAGGUUGUUUAGACACAAAGAUGGAAGCGUUUAUAUCUUCAUGGAUUUGGUAAAGUUCUUUAA